AUGGCGGGUGUUCCUGAAACGGUGCAGGUCUCCGCCUCGCAGGGUCAGGAUGCCCGGACCUCCUCAGACUCCCAGGCCUCGGCACCCGCCUCUCCGCUAGAGGACUUCCGAGUGCGCUGCACCUUGAAAAGGGCUGUGGUGGAAGUGAUGGAGCUGUGCGGUCGCUUCGUGCAAGAGCUCGGGGCCGCGCUGCCGGAGGACGUCCGAGAGCUGGCGCUGCGGGACGCGCAGUGGACUUUUGAGUCGGCUGUGCAGGAGAAUGUCAGCAUCAAUGGACAAGCCUGGCAGGAAGCUGCAGAUCACUGUCUUAUGGAUUCUGACAUCAAAGUGCUUGAAGAUGAAUUUGAUGAGCUCAUAGUAGAUGUGGCAACAAAACGUAGACAGUACCCCCGAAGGAUCCUCGAGAGUGUCAUCAAAACCCUGAAAGCACAGCACGAGAUUCUGAAGCAGUAUCGCCCUGUUGUACCUCCCUUGGACCUGAAAUGUGACCCUGACCCAGCUUCUCAUGUGGAAAAUUUGAAAUGCCGUGGGGACGCCAUAGCUAAGAAAAUCAAUGACGCCAUGAAGGCUUUGCCUCUGCUAAUCGAACAAGGAGACGGUUUUUCCCAGGUCUUAAAGAUGCAGCCUGUCAUCCAGCUGCAGAGGAUCAACCGGGAAGUCUUUUCCAGCCGUUCCAGGAGAGCAGAUACCAAGCCCGACAAGUCUGUAACACAAGUAGAAACCACACCAACUGAGACUGCAGCCAGGAAAGCCUCGAACAUAGUGCUGAAGAGAAAGCAUGUCCCAGACUGCUCCCAGAGACAGCGCUACCCGCUGCGGCCGAAGAGAAUUGAUCUGGAUGUAUGAGCUCUGUUUGUUUGGGAAUUGGAAGUUGGUGCUCUCAGCAUCCAGGUCACGGUCUGCUGCCCGGGGGACUUCAUUGAAAGUAACUGUGACUCUGUACAGGUGCAGUGCACCGUUCUGCUUGUCCUGGGCUGGGUCUCCCUCUGCGGUAGGGAAAAAGCCUGUGGAGUAUUGCACAGACCUGUCAGUGGCCUCAGAUGCUAUCAGUGCCAGCUGCCUUGCAGCCUUUGAGGCAUCCCAGGGGACAUGCUCUGAGGGGUUUUCUUGAUGUGCAGCUUUCUCUAUGUGUGAGGUCAUGAGGUAGUUCUUGGAGGCUUGAGGACUGGUGUUGGCUCUGCACAGCAGCCUGCUCGUUGCUAGUCCAGUUCAUCAGAGGAGCGCACAGAAGAUGGGCCUGGCCUUGGCUUUGUUCCAUGGGCACUUAAUUCACAAUUUUAGGGUUUUGUUUUGUAAGAUAAAGGAGAAGGCUAUUAUUUGUGUAGGAAAUUAAUUUUUUUUGUCUGCCUGUUUUCAAGACAGGGCCUCUCUGUGCAGACUUCACUCUGUAGACCAGGCUGGCCUUGAACUUAACAGGUUCCACCUGUCUCUGCCUCCUGAGUGCUGGGAUUAGAGGUGUGUGCCACCAUCGCCCGACUGUGCAGGAAAUAUUCUUAAAAAGAAAACCUGAGGCUGGAGCCUCUGUUUCUUCCCUACGUACGCUUUCAUUUCCAUAGGUCUUUGAACAUAAUUUGUCUGGGAACUGAUAGUUUCUUUUAAAGUCCUCAUUUCUAAAUAGAUCCUUCCAGUUCAAAGUGUAUAUAAAUUAGGGUUGAUUGGCAUGCUCCAGUUAAAGACAUUUGUUAUCCAAUAUAACAUCAGACCUAAAAGGGGUCUCAGCAAACUUACACUCUGAGAUUUGGCCACAGCCUCCACAGCCUCUUACGUUGUGUCUCUUACAUGGUACAUUGUAGAUAGGGCCUGUAGCUUGCCACCUGUUUCCUUUCUUGGUGAUUAUACACUUUUAUCCAUUUUCAGAGAAAUUUACUAAUCAUGGCUUGGAAAAUCUAUAUUGCUCUUGCUCGGUAUGUCCUAAAGAUCAUAAACAUCUAGGUUUGUCUGGUUUUCUCGAUUGGAAAAGCCUUAUGGUGAGGCCACUUUAUGGGACUUGUAGAUUCUGUUUUACUGUUAAAAUUUGAGAUCAGGGCACUGGAGAGAUGGCUCAGAGGUUAAGAGCAUUGACUGCUCUUCUAGAGGUCCUGAGUUCAAUUCCCAGCAACCACAUGGUGGCUCACAACCAUCUGUAAUGAGAUCUGGUGCCCUCUUCUGGCAUGCAGGCAAACAUGCAGGCAGAACACUAUACAUAAUAAAUAAAAUAAAUCUUUUUUUUUUAAAUAAAAAAAAUUGAGAUCAGUAUAUUCAUACAGAGCAAUGUUUAUUUUUAUUUUGUUUUUAAAAAUAAUAUACAAAGACCAAAAUCUUGGCACAUGCUUUCUCCAGCUAACAAGGCAUUCUUGGUACCUACUUUAGUAGGACAGCAGGCCGGCACUCUGCACUCUGGAGUGAACUGACCUUUGCCUUAAAAUCACUUUGUGACUUCAGAAGGUGGCUUUGGUUCUGUGCCUUUUGUGGCAUUUACGUUCUGUGAUUGAGUUCACUUCAGGAGUGCCCAAGCAGGCAAGGCUAAGACACCAGGCUGUGAGGUGAGGCGGUGCAGUAUGUUAGGCUUGCACACCAGGCUGUGAGGUGAGGCGGUGCAGUGUGUUAGGCUUGCACACCAGGCUGUGAGGUGAGGCGGUGCAGUAUGUUAGGCUUGCACACCAGGCUGUGAGGUGAGGCGGUGCAGUGUGUUAGGCUUGCACACCAGGCUGUGAGGUGAGGCAGUGGAUUUCCAUUGAGCAAAUGCUGUAUGGCAAGAUGGGAGAAUGAGCUUGGAGGAGUCCCACUAGAUGGUUCUGGCUGGACUUGACAAAGUCACAUUUUGAAAGGCCCCUUUCCACACUCUGGAUGUGAGAUGGUGCCAAGAGGAGUUUGGAGUGAUGAACUUGGUCUGGCAUGAAUGUGACUUGACCCUGUGACUAAAGCACUUACUUAGUAGUGACCUUUGAGAGGUGUUCAGUCCUAGUGCAGAAGCCGAGUGACUGGGGAACUCCAAGGAGACUGGGGCCCUCUUAUCAAUGGUAGUCAUCUUCUAAGGGGCCCUUUGGUAGAGGUGAAGACGUUUUUGCCUAUUGUAAGGUAAGAUGUUUGUGUGUGUGGCAGUGGGGGUAACUGUCAUCUAGUGAAUAGAGGCUGCACAUCCUCUGGAUGGCUGGCACAACUAACCAUCUGCCCCAAGACCAGUGGCACUGAGGUGAGGAACCUGCUGAGGGGAGAGUGGUCCAGUGAUGCUGAGGUAGAGGAGCCUGCUGAGGGGAUAGUGGUCUAGUGACACUGAGGUGAGGAGCCUGCUGAGGGAGAGUGGUCCAGUGAUGCUGAGGUGAGGAGCCUGCUGAGGGAGAGUGGUCCAGUGAUGCUGAGGUAGAGGAGCCUGCUGAGGGAGAGUGGUCCAGUGAUGCUGAGGUGAGGAGCCUGCUGAGGGAGAGUGGUCCAACAGCAUGAGGGGGUGUGAUUAUUGCAGCUUUCCAACCUCUCUAGGAAGUGCUGUUUGUGUUGGUUGUACUUAACUCUUGUCAAAAUAUCCCACUGUCAGCCCUCGUAAGACAAAGUGUAACGUAUGAAGUUCAAAUAAAACUAGACUGUCAAAUAUGUAAUGAAAAAAGCCCCAAAUAAAAAUGUUAAUUCUAAUUGCAUUUUUAUUGAGUUUAAAGGGGUGCAUGUUGAUAGAGUUAAAUGAUGUUGUAUCUUGGAUUUGCUCUUAAGUAUUUAAGCAAAGAGAAGGGAUAGAUUAAGCAAAUGUAUAAGAAAUGUUGAUGGCAUUGGACCUAUGUGAUACAACAUUUACUUUGCGCUUGGAAAUUUUGUAUAUAAAAUAUACAUAUAUGUAUGUAUGUA